AUGGACAGGAAGAAAUAUCCGAUCGGAGCAGAGCACUAUGUGCUCUAUGAGGAGAUAGGGCAAGGCGUUAGCGCCUCUGUUUUUCGAGCCAAGUGUAUCACCAACAAUGAGAUUGUGGCUAUCAAGGUUCUGGAUUUUGAACGAGGAAACUGCGAUUUGAACAAUGUGUCACGCGAGGCUCAGACAAUGAUCCUGGUUGACCAUCCAAACGUUCUUAAAUCACACUGCUCAUUCGUAAAUGACCACAACCUGUGGGUCGUCAUGCCCUUUAUGGCUGGUGGUUCUUGCCUUCACAUGUUGAAGGCUUCCCAUCCUGAGGGUUUUGAAGAAGCUGUCAUUGCAACUAUACUGCGAGAAGUGUUAAAGGCAUUGGAGUAUCUUCACCAUCAUGGGCACAUCCAUCGAGAUGUCAAAGCUGGAAACAUUCUCAUUAGUGACCAAGGUGCAAUCAAGCUGGGUGAUUUUGGUGUUUCUGCUUGCUUAUUUGAUUCUGGUGAUAGACAACGCGUGAGGAAUACAUUUGUUGGGACACCAUGCUGGAUGGCGCCUGAGGUUAUGGAGCAAUUGCAUGGAUAUGACUUCAAGGCUGAUAUAUGGUCUUUCGGCAUAACGGCUCUGGAGCUUGCUCAUGGGCAUGCUCCUUUCUCUAAAUAUCCCCCAAUGAAGGUUUUGCUCAUGACCUUGCAAAAUGCACCUCCUGGUCUUGAUUAUGAGAGGGACAGGAAGUUUUCCAAGUCUUUUAAGCAGAUGACUGCAAGUUGUCUGGUUAAAGAUCCUUCAAAGCGUCCUACUGCAAAGAAGCUUUUGAAGCAUCAUUUUUUUAAACAAGCUAGAUCAAAUGAUUUUAUAGUACGCAAGCUUUUGGAAGGCCUGCCAACAAUUGGUGACCGCCUUCAGGCGUUGAAGAAAAAGGAGGAAGAUAUGCUUGCUCAAAAGAAAAUUCCAGAUGGGCAGAAGGAGGAAAUGUCGCAGAAUGAAUAUAAAAGAGGGAUCAGCGGAUGGAACUUCGACCUUGAAGAUGUGAAGGCACAAGCUUCCUUGAUCCACGAUGAGGACGGUGUAUCUGACAAGUAUCAAUUGGGGAGCAUGAAUUCCUUCCCUGGGACUGGUGCUAGUGAAAGGAAGCUUCUACAUCAAUUGUCAUCCUUGAGCGAGGCUUCAGAAACUACUGAAGUUGAAGGAGCUGCUCCAAAUAUCUACUCUAACCCGAGUUUCAACAUAGGAAAAUAUGAGAAGUCUGAAGAUGAGCUAAGCAUUGCUAGUUCAACCAAUGGACAAUUGGUUUCGCAGAAUUCUUCUCCGCGUGCUGAUAAUUUAGGUGAAUUUGAUCUUUCUGGAAAACGCAACAUGGAGAUCAAUGGGAAACCCUUUGAUGGCAUUGCUUCUCAUUCUCACCAGAGGGCAGCUUCAUCUGGUUGUAUUGCUUCAUUGGAUAGUGAGAAAUUGCAAAGUCAGUUCGCUAAAGUACCUAGUUGCAAUGGGUCCCGAUCACUACCAACGGAUGAUAUUAUUCCUGAGAUCAUGUCGAAAGCUCAUACGCCAUCAUCAAAUGGUGAUGAACAAGACGAGAAAGCAAAAUGUCCAGUUGUUCAACAGAAAGGGCGUUUUAAGGUUACUUCCGAGAGUGUCGACUUAGACAAGGCUGCUGCUGCUCCAACUCCCAUAUUGCAGAAGAGUCAGAGCAUGCAGGUAAUAAGCCAUAGUUCUGCCGGUUCUCAACCAUCUCAUAUUGAUGCUAUUCCUAUUCUGCAAAAUCAUCAUAGCCAUCUUCCUUUGCCUGCCCUACAGUUCAUUUUGCAGACAAAUGCUCUUCAACGGGAUUGCAUUAUGAGUCUAAUAAAGGCAAACUCCACCGCUGAUUCUACAGCCCACCUCAAUAUAGAUGGAGGAUUCACGUCAACAAACUUUCCCGCACUAGAUAAAUCCACGCUAGAAGCACACAGCAGUAGGGAAAAGGAUUUACUUAACGAAAUAACUUAUUUACAUUGGAGGCUCGCAUGUGCACAAGAGGAGCUCCAGAAAUGCCGAGCUGAAAAUCCCCAGGUUCGUCAGUUUGCAACCUUGUAUCCCUAUUCUUGA